UCUCUCCCCAAUUAUUUCCUUCUUCCUGAAAUCUCCCUCCUUUAAAAACUAAACUAAGCUCAACAUUGAACAAAGCCCAUCCUCCAUAUGCGAAUUGUCUCUCUUUCCCUCUAGUUGAAGCUUGUCCACUUCCCUGUCCAUGCACUCAUGCUUGGUAGAGAUUUUGCAGAUUGAUGGUAUCUCCAAAAUGGAUUUUGGGUUAAUGACUUUGGAGGCUUUGGCGGGUCCUGAAGGGGAAGGUGGAGGUUCUUCUAAGGCCUCGGACCCCGAAACGAAGCUGAAGGGUCUUGGAUCUGAGUUGUUCGAGCAAGAGGAUUCCGGGGCUGGUGAAGAUGAUUGGAAGAGCUCAAAAAUGGCCAAAAGUGAUAGUCUUUCAUCCCACAAGCCAAUGCCGUUGUACCAUGGCAGUCCUUUGCUGAGAUCUAAUGCAUUUUCCACUGGUGAUGGUCGGAAAGAGGAGCAUACGCUGAGCUUCUCUUCGGUAAAAUCAGAGGUCCCUUUUCUCAGGAAGGAUGGUCGGAUAGUGGAUAAAAGCAUCCACAACUCAUUUUUUCCUUACUACCAACGCCCGCCAUCUGCUUACCCGAGAAAUGCAGGUUGUGAUUCUGGAAGCUUGAAUGCAAGCAUGCAUGGGACCUUUGCCGGGGUUAGAGGACCAUUUACUCCAUCUCAGUGGAUUGAACUAGAGCAUCAGGCUUUGAUCUACAAGUACAUCACUUCAAAUGUGCCUGUGCCGUCGAAUUUGCUGAGCCCCAUCAAGAGAUCCCUCUACCCUUAUGGUUUAUCCGGCUCAACUCCUGGAUCCUUGCCUCAAAAUUCAUUGGGUUGGGGCUCUUUCCAUCUGGGUUUCUCUGGCAACACUGAUCCUGAGCCUGGGAGGUGUCGACGAACAGAUGGAAAGAAAUGGCGGUGCUCGAGAGACGCAGUUGCCGAUCAGAAGUACUGUGAAAGGCACAUAAACCGUGGCCGCCAUCGUUCAAGAAAGCCUGUGGAAGGCCAGACUGGCCAUGCCGCCUCUGGGACGACUAACUCGAAAGUGGUACCGAUUACUUCUUCUGCGUCAAAAUUGGUACUUCCUAGCGGUGCUUCCAACAGCCUCACUAUUGGGCAGCACCAGUUCAGGAAGUUGCAGCCUGGUGAUGUUGUCAAUUGUUCUGUAGAUGCCGUUGUCAGCAGAAUGCAAGAACCCGGGGCCCUUUCCACGAUGUCUUCUGCAAUCAGCCUGAAAUCUAAUGAGUCUACUUUUACCAUUUUGAAACAAGAGAUCCCAUUAGAAGAAUUCUGUGAGUCCUUGUUUGGACCAGUAUCUACUGAUUCCCUUCAUAAUCCUUCACACAGGGGCUCCUGCAUAAAUUCUAAAAGCUUUGGUUCUUUCCUAGACUUCAAUGACAAGGAAACCCAAGACCGAAGUCCCCUUCACCAAUUCAUUGAUGACUGGCCGAAGGACCAGUCAAAUUGCUCAGUCAUUUCCUGGCCAGAAGAACUAAAAUUGGACUGGACCCAGCUAUCAAUGUCAAUCCCUAUGGCCACAUCUGACUUCUCAUCAUCAUCAUCCUCACCCACUCAAGACAAACUUCCUGUUUCACCUCCAAGGUUAGCUCGAACUCAGUUUGUGCCAACUCAAAUGAAGUUGCGGAUUAGCACUGAACAUGGUGAACCAUCCAAGAAUCAAACUAACUUAAUACCGAUCUCCUGGGGUACUUCAAUGGGGGGUCCUUUAGGUGAGGUCUUGACCAGCACUAUGAACAUUGCAAGAGCCUGCAAGAACUCUUCAGCUCUUAACCUCUUGACUGAAGGGUGGGAUAGCAGCCCCAAGUUGGGGUCUUCUCCCACGGGUGUCUUGCAAAAGGUGCCGUUUGGUUCCCUCUCAAACAGCAGUUCAGGCAGCAGCCUGGGACCUGAGAACAAAAUGAUCUGCGAAGGAGGUAGCAUGUUUGAUGAUGUGCUGGGCUCAACUCUUGCAAGUUCUUCAUUCCAUCCUUGUAAGAGAAGCAGUCAAAGGCCCGAGACAUACAAAGGAUUUUAAGAGGAUGUAAUUAGUUGGCAUGUGGAAGAAGAUCGAAAAGCGUGGAGUAACUAUUUGUUUAUCUGAUGGAAGUGUUUUUUUUUCCUUGUCCUCUCUCUCUCUCUCUCUCUUCUCUGGAUGAUUUAAUUUGAGGUAGGUAUUUGUCUGAUUUUAAUUUUAACAUGUAUCGACGACUUUGGCUCUUGAGAAUUCGGUGUCAACUAUAUCUUUUUAUCCUCAAAAGCAAUUUAUACCGAGUUAAAUGUCUCA